AUGAACUGCAAAAAAAAUAUUGAAUAUUUAGAUAAUACAUUAAUUCAGUAUUUUUCUUUUAUAGAUGACUAUAUUUCUGCUGUUUCUCGUCUUUCUUCUGCUUUAAAACAGGGUUAUUUUUCUAUAGCAAGAGCUAAUUAUCUUGAUCUUUAUGUACGUGGUCGUUUUGCAUUAUUGCAUGGAUAUAACAGGCCUAUGAAUGCUCUUUAUUAUGUUGACUUAAACUCUGAGUUUAAGUUGAUACGCAAUGAUUUAGUUUCUGUAUCUACAACAAAAGGAAAAGUAUCAGAAAAAGUUUUUAAAGAUCCAUUAGAUUGGUUUGGUAUUUUAGUACCAAAUGAACUACGAGAAGUACAGAAACAUUUUCAGGACGGGCUAAAAGAAGUGGCACAUAUGGCUCAUUUACGAGUAGUACUAAAUAAAUUAGAAAAGGAUAUCAUUUUAUAUAGAAAAGAAAUUCUAUAG